UGUUGGAUGUGCUUAGGUCUUCUGAGGUCAGGUUUCUAUUGUGGUCUACUGAGGUCAGGUCACAAGGGUCAACCCUUUCUGGGUUCACUUGCACUAGUUUCUAUUGGAGCUGCUGAACGGUUUUGCGUUCUCCUCCACAAGCUCCGCCCCCGACUCGUUAAUCUCUUCGUGGAGUGACUUCCCCUCCCUGGGUAAUCUUUGUAGACAUUGCUGUGAUACUCAAUCAUGUAUGAAAAGGGAGGCCAGAAUACUGGGUGUGAAUCCCCUGGAUCGCCCUCUAGUGGACAGGUGUUAGGAGAGAGUGAAGGGAGUGUCUGACGCUGCAUCUCUAGAUCCGUGUUGUAGACGUUCACUCCUCUCCUCCUGGUUUCUUCAGGUUCAGUGAUGCCCACGGAGGAGGAGGAGGAGGCCCCCAGCAUCACAGAGUUCCACUCCUCUACCCACAUGUUGCCCGUGGGCCAAACGGCCCGCUACACCUGCCACGCCGGCGGCACGCCGGAGCCCACAGUAGAGUGGCUCCACAACGGCAGGCCCCUGGAGAGGGACGGCACAGACGACCAAUCAGAGGCCUGGGUGGAGAGGGGCUUCCUCUUCGUCAGAGGUGGGAGGUACGGCGUUAACACGGUCUGCUGCGUGGCGAGUAACAGCGCUGGCACGGCCAAUCACAGCGCUGAGCUGCUUGUCUUUGAUGCCUGUGACCUCACACUGGACCCCAACACGGCCAACGGAUACCUCUCUCUGUCUGAGGACAACAGGAAGGUGACGUGGGGUGGAGGGGACCAGUCGUAUCCGGAUCACCCAGAGAGAUUUGACUCCUGGCCCCAGGUGUUGGGUAGAGAGGCUCUGACUGGCCGCUGUUACUGGGAGGUAGAGAGGGAAGGACUGGUUGUUAUAGGAGUGACAUACAGGGGAAUCACAAGGAGAGGAGGGGGUGAUGACAGCUGGCUUGGACGGAACAACAAGUCCUGGAGUCUUGAUUGUUAUGAUGGUCGUUACUUUGCCUGGUACGACGGUAUAGUGACAACCCUCCCUCUCCGCGCCGCUGGCUCCACCAGAGUAGGAGUGUAUCUGGACCGGCCUGCUGGCUCUCUGUCCUUCUACAGAGUGUCCCCAGGUGGAGGAGGGUCCUCAGACACACUGACACACCUCCACACCUACUGGUCCUCCAAUGAUUUCUUGUUUUAUUAG